CUCGGAGCUGAGCGGCGCAGACGGGAGAGGAGGGACGAGGAGAGCUACCGCUCGCAAGCUCCGCUCCCAGCCUCAGUGGGCUAGUCGGUGAGCUAGUCUAGCAUUGCCCGGCUACGCUGAGAUUGAUCCGCGGCGACCGUCAAGAUGAUGAAGUUUCGGUUCCGCCGACAGGGCACCGACCCACAGAGGGAGAAGAUCAAGCAGGAGCUGUUCUCCUUCAACAAGACUGUGGAACAUGGGUUUCCCCACCAGCCCAGCGCACUGGCCUUCGAUCAGAAACUCCAGCUCAUGGCCAUCGGCACCAAAUCGGGUGCCAUCAAAGUUUAUGGGUCCCCUGGCGUCGAGUUCACUGGCCUCCACAAAAGCACCACUGCUGUCAUGCAGAUCCACUUCCUGCCCGGACAGGGCCGCCUGUUGUCGCUGCUGGACGACAACACCAUUCAUCUGUGGGAGCUGGCGUGGCGGGAGGUUGCGGGGGUGAAGACGGAGGGAGCGCUCUGCCUGCAGGAAGUGGGCAGCUACAGCCUCCCAGGUCGACCCGGCAUAGAGAGCUGCAGCACCACCCGAGUGACAGUGCUGCUGUUGCUGUUGUCCUGUGAUCUGCUGUGCAUUGGAACCGAAGGGGGCGGAGUCUACUUUCUGGAUUUGCCACAUCUUACUCUGAAGGAGAACCAGACGCUGCUGCAGGAUCAGGUCACUCCUAGCCUGCCGGAUGACUACAGAUGUGGCAAGUCCCUGGGGCCGGUGGAGUCCCUCCAGGAACAUCCUCAGCAGCCUGGGAAGAUUCUGGUGGGCUACAGUCGAGGCCUGGUGCUCCUGUGGGAUCUCAGCUCUCGUCAGGCCGAACAGCUCUUCCUGGGCAAGCAGCAGCUGGAGAGCCUGGUGUGGGAACGUUCUGGGAACUUGUUUGUCAGUUCCCACAGCGACGGCAGCUACUCUGUGUGGGCCGUAGCCAGUGGCAACACCUGCACCCCUCAGCCGGUGUCCUCCACCAUCCCUUACGGUCCGUUUCCUUGCAAAGCCAUCAACAAAAUCCUGUGGAGGACGUCAGAGAACAGCUCUCCACUGCUGCUCUACAGUGGAGGGAUGCCUCGAGCCAGCUAUGGUGACCGCCACUGUCUGACCGUCCAGCAGGACAAAGAGCAUGUCACGCUGGACUUCACAUCACGAGUCAUUGACUUCUUCACGGUUCACAGUGCAGAGCCAGAGCGAGGCUUCGACGAGGCCUCGGCUCUGGUCGUCUUACUCGAGGAGGAGCUGGUGGUGAUUGACCUGCAGAGCCCAGGCUGGCCCACCGUGCCCAGCCCCUACCUGGCGCCGCUCCACUCUUCGGCUAUCACGUGCUCCUGUCACAUCUCCAGCGUCCCGCCCAAACUCUGGGAGCGAAUCGUCAACGCUGGUAAAGCCCAGCAGGGCAGGGAGCCGACACACAGGAACUGGCCCAUCUGUGGAGGGACGAACCUCGCGCCGCCUCCCAAGUUGCAGGAGCUGCUGCUGACUGGGCACGAAGAUGGAACGGUGCGAUUCUGGGAUGCGUCCGGCGUAGCCCUGACGCCGCUGUACAAACUUAGCACAGCCAAUGUCUUCCACACCGACUGCGACCCCAGUGAUGACCCCCCUGACCCCAGCGACGACCCCGAUGCCCCACAGGAGGAAGAGUGGCCUCCCUUCAGGAAGGUGGGAUGUUUCGACCCGUACAGCGACGACCCGAGGUUGGGGAUCCAGAAGAUCAGCCUCUGCAAGUACAGUAACAAGCUGGUGGUGGCUGGCACGGCCGGUCAGGUGAUCGUUUUGGGUCUGAGCGACGAGCGCUCGGACCACCUGGUGGAGGUCUCUGUGGUGGACCUGCUGCAGGACCGAGAGGGAUUCACUUGGAAGGGCCACGACAGACUGGAGCCCCGGCUGAAACCUGCCCCCUUUCCUCCGGGCUUCCAGCCGCAGGUCCUGGUGCAGUGCAUACCUCCAGCCUCCGUGACCGCCGUGGCCCUGCACGCGGAGUGGAACCUCAUCUCCUUCGGCACCAGUCACGGUUUCGGACUCUUCGACUACCACAGGCGGAAUGCGGUUCUGGCCAGGUGCACGCUGCACCCCAAUGACUCGCUGGCCAUGGAGGGUCCCCUGUCCCGGGUGAAGUCCUUGAAGAAGUCUCUGCGACAGAGUUUCCGACGAAUCCGCAAGAGCCGAGUCUCCGGGAAGAAGCGCACCCUCUCCACCCCCACGAGCAAGGUCCAGGAGGCCAACGCCGCUCUGGCCGAGCAGGAGGAAGUGGCUCCGAUACAGCGGAGGAUCGAGCCGCGGUCGGCUGACGACUCGCUGUCCGGAGUCGUGCGGUGUCUGUGCUUCGCUGACACAUUCCUGCGAGACGGUACCCACCAUGGACCCACGCUGUGGGCCGGGACCAACUCGGGCAGUGUGUACGCAUACGCGCUGGAGGUGCCUGGCGUGGGACGGGCGUGCGAGCGGGGCGGCGACGGCGCGGCCUGCGUGGAGGCGGUCCUGGGUAAAGAGAUCCAGCUGAUGCACCGAGCUCCUGUGGUGUCCAUCUGUGUGCUGGAUGGGAGAGGGAAGCCGUUGCCGGAGCCCUACGAGGCGUCGCAGGACCUGGCCAUCGCGCCCGACAUGACCAACGCACACUCUGUGCUCAUCGCCUCAGAGGAGCAGCUGAAGGUGUUCUCGCUCCCCAAAGUCAGCGCCAAGACCAAGUUCAAGUUGACGGCGCAUGAGGGCUGCCGGGUCAGGAAGGUGGCGCUGGUGGUCUUCAGCUCGGCGGUCCAGGAGGACUACAGCGAGCACACGCUGGUGUGUCUGACCAACAUGGGCGACAUGCAUCUGUUCACCGUCCCGGGCCUCCGGCCUCAGGUGCGCUAUGACUGCAUCCGCAAGGAAGACAUCAGCGGCAUCGCGUCGUGCGUCUUCACCAGGAAUGGACAAGGCUUCUACCUCAUCUCUCCAUCCGAGUACGAGCGCUUCUCUCUGUCGGCGAAGGUGGUCACCGAGCCUCGCUGCUGUGUUCAGCUGGACCGAGCACUUGGGGACUCCGCCACUAGUGACGCUCCAUCGACACCACAAGCCAACGGAACCCACAAGGCGGGUCAGGCCGAAGGCCACAUGGUGGAGCCGCUCAGCAGCUUGCCGUCCCCCAUUCUGGACACGCCGCUGGACUCCCCGAUGAGCUGCGCUGACCUCAGCCUGGACACCACCGGGGAGCUGACCAUGGAGGAUGUCCGGGACUUCCUGACCACGGUGGACGAGGCGGAGCACAACCUGAGGAACAUCAAAGAAGAGGAGGAGCGCUCCACCGACAUCCUCAUCAACUGAAGCGGUGCUGCCAGCAUGUUGGUCGCUAGGGGGCGCUCAGGGGUCUGGAUGGACAUCAGUGCUGGACCACAUACAGACCCGAGCAGUGCCGGCAGACGCCUGGAGUGAACUCAGACGGUGAUGUUCUGACAGGCCUCCUGGUCUUGAUCCACUCUUCCUACGGCAGCCACUUCACUUCCUCCCGGUUGGACCAGACUGUUACGGAGCGUCGCUCUUGAGCAUGUGGCCGGCUGGAGAAGAUCUUUUAUUUUCCAUCACGGCUUCUUUUCCUGUCAUUCACUCAUGGUUAGCGGACAUGAGGACCAGCGGCUCCUGGUUGUCGGGUCCCAGCUCGGUGUAUAAAUAAUGAGCUCCAACUUCAGUAAGUUUUAGUCCAUUAACGUCAGGUUGACGAGUGAAGGAGAAGAAAGUUGUCCUCGUGAGGAGUUUGGAUGGGACUCAGGGAAGUGCAGGGUGGGGAGGUGUCCGAGUCGGGAGCGUCCUGGAUUCAUACCUGGUGGUUUUACUGUGUAAAAUGCGGCGACGGGAACUCGGAUGACGUCACGGAUGAGGAUGACUAACAUAAAGGGACCUCACUACUAACUGAUGUAGCUAUGCAGGUAGACUUUUACUCUCGGGUUUUCAGUCGACGGUUUAUGGGGCACAACGUUUUUAUUCCAUUUUUCCGUUUGUCAUUUGUGUAGGAUUUUAAAAAGAGACCAUUAGCUAUGAGGCGGAUGUGAAUGUUAAUAAAGUUAUUUACUCUCUACACUCUUGAGUACGGUGAUUCCAGAAAUACUGAAGUACUUUUCAUUUAUAAAUCACAAAACAAAGAAAAACAAAAUGGCAUUAAAAUGUACCCAUGACAUUUGAAGAAAACAAUAGAGUGAAAAUAGAAAAAAAGCAAUAGAAAUGAUAAAAAGUCUUCAUCUUCAAUGUAAAAAAUAAAAUCAGUUAUGAACAUUAAAAUCGUGCUGUUGUACAAUACAAACACAAAACAU